AUGAAUAAGCAAGUGUGUGAACAGUUCCAGGAAGUAAGGAACUCGCUUCCCGAUCAAUUGGACAGUAGUGGAAAUUAUCAAUUUAAAAAUGAAGAUUUUUUAAAUAAAUAUUGUGAUAGUAAGAACUGUAUUAGUGAUUACGAUAAAAUAAGUGCUGUAUGUUUAUAUUUGUUUGAUGCGUUCUUUGGGAGUUUAGAAUUGUUUAAUUAUGUUGUAAAAAGAAACACCAAUAUUGUUGAUUACAUUUUGAUAUGGUUAAGUUAUAUGUUAAACCUUACCAAAAUUGGAAACGACAACAGUAUAAACCCUUUUUAUAAUCAAUAUAUAUAUAAUGGUGAGAAGUAUAAUGAGAAAAUAAAGAAUGUUACUGAUUAUGAGAAUUAUCUGGAACUUAUAGAAAAAAACCACGAUUUGAUGAAUAUUAAUGACAUGCAUAAAUUUUAUGAACCAUUUAAAAUCUUAUGUAAUAUGUAUAUUGAAUUUAAUAAACAGGGUACAAAUUGUGAGAAUUAUUUGAAAGAUGCUAAAAAGUUUGUUGAAAAAUAUGAUGAACUUAAUGAAGAUUAUAAUAAUGGUAAAGACACCUCCUAUAAUCAAUUAUUAUCUACAUUAUCAAAUGAUUAUUGUAAUUUAAAAAAUAAAUGUAAUCAAUUUCCAACUCUUCCAACAUAUUCACGAAGAUUCGUAAUAAAAAGGACACUAAUUCCAAUUGCAUUUAUGAUUGUUGCAUUAUCAAUUUUCUUGGGAAUUGAAUAUAAGUAUUCGUCACUUGGAGUUCGGAAACGAUCUCAAAAACAAUGUUUAAGAGAAAAAAUAAAAAAUAUAAUGAAGAAAAUGAUUCAUUAA